AUGGGACCGGCAGCUGCACGGGCGGGCCGGGCACUCUUGCUGGCAGUGCUGCUGGCGCUGGCGGUCAGCCCGGGGCCCACAGUCUCUCUGCCGUGCAGCGCCGAAUGCCCAGCAGGUACCUUCUUCGUGGCGAGUGCGGGCUGCAAGCACGGCGGAUCCUGCCGGCAGUGCCCACCCGACACUUUCUCCAGGGCAGCGGGACUCCGCGCCUGUACACUCUGCCGGAAGUGCGAAGGACCAUUCAGGUAUUUUAAGAAGUGUUCCGCAAAAAGCGAUGCUGAAUGCACGUGCAAGGAGGGGUAUCGCUGCAACGGCGACGGCUGCUCUCGCUGCGACCGAAGCUGUGGCGUGGGUCAGGAGGACACGGAGAGCGGCUGCCAGAUUUGCCGCUAUGGAACUUUUAAUGAUCAGCCCAACAGCUCUUGUAAAAACUGGACAAAGUGCUCUGCAAACCAAGUCCUGGAGCCUGGAACAGCAGCAAAAGACGUCGUUUGCAAGCAUGUUUCAGAUAAUCCCACUUUAGCCACUACUGUCUCUAUCAGGUCUCCUGCAAUUCCAUUUUCUUCUUUCACUGUGCCAGGGAAGGACCUCCAGAUGGACGUUAUCAGAAUUUCUCUUACUGUAGCUGGGCUGUUGUGCAUACUGUUUCUGCUACCCUCAUGCAUAUGCUGCAGAAUCUGGCAGAAAAAGAAAAUACAUACUGUCUUCAAGGAAAUGUAUCCCACACCUGAACAGUCAAUUCAGGAAGAUGAUGCCUGCAGCUGCCGCUUUCCUCAGGAAGAACAAGGUGAAUAUCAAAACCACAGCAAAUCCACAGAAUUCAGAGAUCUUUUGGUGAACUAGGAGUUGGACUGUCCAGGUCAACCACAUUUGAAUUUCGUUUUGGAACACAACAAGAAUCUGUUCACGCAAAUAGAGAGGAUACCAGAAUCUGUGAAUUUCAGAGUGCUGAAUAGCGCUUCCAC